UCACCGCGCAGCAACAAUCAUGGAAUCCAAGGAAUAGUGGUAGAAGCUUGACAUAUAUAGUGUAUAAAAAUACGUUUUAAUCGCAUUAAUAAAUGUUAUAUCUUGUUGCAUUGUAUAGUGAUUUAAAAAAGAGAAGUCACUAUUUGCAAAUAGUGCAUAACACGUUUAUACACGUUUCGUACUGCGCAAGAAGCGGGAGAGGUAGCAAAUCGGAUAGUUGCGUGCUGUUUUAUUCGGUGUUUGCUUCCUGUUUGUGAACUUCUUAAAAACUACUUACGUUUAUCUUACAUUUGACGAAGUCUUGUGUGCUUGUGCACCCGACAAAAAUUUUUUACUGUAUAAUGGGUUAAUAUUUUAGCUUUUACAUUGGAAUGUUAUAUGACAUCUUAUAAAACACAUGGCAGACCAGGAUAGUACAAAUUAUCAUGCACUUUGUGCAAAUGAUGAUGAUGAAAUUGAUGGUCUAAACAAGAGGUUGUUACAGUUGUUGUCUGCGACAAAGACUCCACCAAAAACUGAUAUUAAAAGUAGCACAUCUGAACCAUUGUGUAGUUUUAAUAAUGAUAGUAAUAGCCUCAGAGAUGAAAAUAAAGCAUCUAUCAGUUCCCCGAUGCUUAGUCAUUAUAAAUAUGACUGUUCCUUUUCGCAUCAUGACAUGCCAGUUAAUUUGUCAACCAUGCCAAAUUAUCUCCCUCCUAUUGGAGUAUUCUGGGACAUAGAAAAUUGUCAUGUUCCAAAAGGAAGGUCUGCCAUAGCUGCAACGCAAGUAAUUAGGGAAAAAUUUUUUAGUGGUUAUAGAGAAGCAGAAUUUAUUGUGGUUUGUGAUGUUUGUAAAGAGAAUAGUCAGGUUGUAAAAGAAUUGAAUGAUGCUCAGGUCAAUCUAAUACAUGUUGCUAAAAGAUGCAAAAAUGCUGCUGAUGAAAAGCUUAAACAAUCUAUUAGGAGAUUUGCUGACAUUCAUGGAAGUCCAGCAGCUGUAAUUUUAAUAUCUGGUGAUAUUAAUUUUGCUGCUGAUCUUAGCGACUUGCGUUAUAGAAAGAAAAUUCAUGUGAUACUUUUACAUAUGAAGAACACGUCUGAAGCAUUAAUAGUAUGCGCUAAUGAGCAUUAUGACUUUUUAGAACUUAUGGAAUCACUGCCGUCCAGAACUGUAAAGGUUGCUGCACAUUAUGACCUUCUAGUUAGUAACCUUCCUGAAGAUCAAAAUGUUAUAUCAAUUAAACGUCGACUCAAACAAUUGUCCGAAAAUUGUGGCGGCCGAGUAAUAGAAAUUCAAUCAAAUACUGCAACUGUGCGCUUCACUUCAAAAAUCUUUGCAAUCAGGGCUCAGAAGCGUAUGGAUGGAGAAAUUGUCCUUGGUUCGAAAAUUUGUGUAAAAUUCCAAAAGGAGAAAAGAAGUAAUUUUCAUAAAAUUCAAGGAUAUUCUACAGGGAGAAACAGUACUGUAAGCGAUUCAGAAAUUGUUACUAGUUCUCCUAAACAAAUGUAUAGUGCGGGCACUUCGAUAACGGGCGGAAGGGCCCUUCAUAUUCCACAUUAUCAGUCAUCAUCGCCGGUUAUUGGAACAUAUUCCGGAUGGAGUGCCCAUUGUGCUCCUGUUUCAGCGCCACCGGGAAUGCUCCAACCACCACCUGUCUAUGUUGGGAGACCAUAUUCGAAUAAUAGUAAUGUAAGUUUUAAUAGAAAUUAUAAUGAACUAACAAGGGUCCAAUCUCCACUGCUUUGGCAAGUCUCUGGUUCUCAACAAUUUAGUCAUAUGUGGGAAGAGCAGUAUAAAGUGGAGAAAACGAAAGUACUUAGUAGAAGAAUUCAUAUCCCGCAGGUUCGGGAUAAUGGAGUAGCGAGUAAUACACCUCGAACUCCAGAGAAUUUAAGACGUAUCAGAGGAACGCACACGUCCUUUGUUCAACCUUCUGAAUGGGUUGGAUCAAGACAACACCCUCCAUUAAAUACUUCAGUAAAUUUCAAUGGAACUGUUCAUUCUCAAUCAAAUUUUAAACGUCGCAGUCCAUCUCCAAUGUGUGAUAUACAACCACGAGAACGCCAGCAGUGGAAUGGACAGAAUCAACACUCUGUAUCUAUGCGAAGUUCUAGAACACCUUCACCUUAUGAAAAUACAGUACAAACAGGAAACCAGCAAAACAGUCAUACUUCACCUUACCAUCUAGGUGAUACAGAAAAUGAUGAAGUUGAGAAAUUUUUCAACCCAAUAAACAAUCAUAAUGGCUCUUCGAUGAGCAACGAAACGUGUACGCCUAUAGAAUUGCAAGUAACUAAUUUAGACCAAAGUAUUAAUCCAAAGAAAAUGAGACACAUGCUUGCCUCUAUUUUCUUGGAACACGUGAUGGUGUUAAAUGUUUCUAUGUUCACACAAUCGGAUGGUAACUUUGCAGCAAGCGUGAAAGUACCUUCAUUAUCAGACGCGCAGUAUGCAAUUUCUCAAUUACAUCGGCGUAAAGUAGGAUAUAAACGUAUUUUGAUAGCGUAUGCUCAUAGUGGCAGAGCAAGUCCUCAGGUUGUGCGAGCACAGAUCGUAAUGUUACUGCAAGAAGUACCCGGCCAUAAACUUCCUCUUUUUAAAUUCCGGGAAAUGUACGAGAGCCGUUUCAUGAUUUCCAUCAGCGUCUCCGAAUUGUAUAAGAUGAAAGAUGUUUGUAUCGUGACGGAAGAUCCUGGUGGUAGAAUGGUAUCCCUUAAUCCGGAUCACAGGAACACUCCAUCGCCAUGUUUCAAUACUACAACUCAGGAGGAGCAAGUAGAGCUCCCAUAUUGUACUAUUCAUACGUUAAAACCGUGGUCCGAUAAAGGAUGGGCUGAGCAGAAAGUAGCGUCACUUCCGAAUGUAAAAAUUUCAUUAAAACUUCUUGAUCCACGUAUACAUCAGUUACUUAUCACGCACAAUGGAAGUUUACCAUUACCUAGUUUGCCAAAUUGUUACGAGGCCGAAUUUAAAGAGAAAUUAGAAGUCUGUGAAAAUGGAGUACCUUUAGAACACUUAGUAUCUUGUUUAUCGUGCGUUGAAUUGAAACAAGGUAUUGGUAGUGUAAAAUAUCUUAUUUGGACGGGAAAUAAAACUCACGAUAAUAACCACGAAGAAACAAAAUGCGUAAGUCCUCCGCUUGCAAAUCAAUUAUCACUUUUUAGCCGUGAAUUAGUCGAUCUUUUAAAAACUGCUCCGCAUUGCCAAUUGCCAUUUAAUCGAUUUAUACCUGCGUACCAUCAUCAUUUUGGAAGACAAUGUAGGGUGGCUGAUUAUGGAUUCACUAAACUUAUCGAUUUAUUAGAAGCUCUUACUCAUACAGUACAAGUAAUGGGCGAAGGAAACAAUCGCGUGGUAACAUUAUCUCAUCGUGCACAAGUACGUCGUUUUACGUCUGAUCUGCUAAGAGUUUUAAAAUCUAAAGCCAGUAAACAAGUAGUGCUUUCAGAAUUUCCAAGUGUUUAUUCCAGAGUAAUAGCUAAACCAUGGGAUAUCGUGGAUUAUGGUGUAUGCGAGAUGGAAGAUAUUCUUAGCGAGGUAUCAGAAAAUACUGUGGUGGUUACUACGGUCAACGGCGGAGAUAAAAUGAUAGCAAUUCCUAAACGGGAACAAACUGCGGAAGAAAUCGAGCGAACGAAACAAUUUGCUGUAGAGGUUAUAGAAUUAUUGCGACACGCGCCUCAGUGUAGGAUGCAGUUCAAUAAAUUUGUGCCAUCAUAUCAUCAUCAUUUUGGUCAUCAGUGUCGUGUAUCAGAUUAUGGUUUCACUAAAUUAAUCGAACUAUUUGAAGCUAUACCAGAUGUGGUGAAAAUAGAAGACGAUAAUUCUGGUGAAAGACAAAUUUCUUUAACAGAGAAAGAAGGUCUUCGUGUGCUUUCUGAACAGAUAUCAAAGUUAGUUACGCGAUCAAAAGGUUGCCUUAGCAUUUCAAACAUCGCGCAACAUUUCCUAAGACAAUUUGGUUAUGCAUUGAAACCAGAAUCGUUUGGAUGUUCCUCUGUAAUGCAACUAAUGCAAAAACUUGGAAGUACCGUAAAGAUUAUGUAUUUGACGACCGGACCGGCAAUUGUAAUGGUAGAUAAAUCUCAUCUGCAACAAUUGACUCUACAGUGUCGUCGAAUGUUGAUGGAUAAACCCCAACAUAAGAUGUCAGUCAAGGAGUAUCAACAAUCAUAUAUUCAGCAUUACUUGAAAUCGUGCAACAUAGAGGAACUGCAACAAAACUUGUCUAAUGUAGUUCAAUUUACAACGAUGAAUGACGAAGAAUUUAUCCAACUUACUCCAUUACAUUCUUUCGCUUGUAAUUUAUAUCGUGUAAUGAUGAAUUAUGGUGGAACAUUGAAAUUUUCACAGUUUGAAACUGCAUAUUUAUCUACUGUCGGUUGUGUCUGUAAACCUGCAGACUACGGUUUUCCAACAAUUUUCUCACUUCUGCAAGCUCUACCUUGUACAGUAACGAUAAAACUGUCACGGCGAAAGAAAAGUAUCAUAUAUCUGAACAAAAAAAUAGCCGCUGCUGGUAUAUCAUUACCACCAACCUAUACAUCAGCAUCGUCGUAUCGUGAUACGGAUUCUAGUAACGAAUCAUUUGAAAGCGAUUCGUCUUCUCGUGUCAACACUUUAAAUAAUUCGGUCGCAACAGAAGAGCGUGCACAGUGGACAGGACAAACAAGCGAAAAUCAGAAUUCUUGGAAAGAGACAGAUGAGAAUAAUUUGUGGGUGAAGGAAUCGGAGAGAUCGUGGAAAUCGUCAGCUUCAGAAAAUCAGUUAGUCAGUUGGUCAUUACAGGAAAAUGGAAGCGAAAGUUUUCUUAAAAACUUGAUGCAGACAUCAAUUACAUCGCGUGGUUUUCCACCUCCACCUCCUAAACCAGAUUCUCCACCUGAGGGAAACUUGAACAAAAAUCAAUGGGAUUCAUCUGUUUGGAUGACUCCAACAAAGUUUACAUAUUCACAGGAUGAACAUACUACCAAUGUACAGGUUCCUCCUAUUACAUUACCUCCUUCCUGGAAUCAACUCGUGUCUAGUGAUAGUGCAUCUAAUUUAUUAUCACCAACAAGGAACUUAUUACCUGCUGCAGCAAAUCCUUUAAACCCACGUACUUCACCCUACUAUUCGUCCAAAUUUAAUUUAGUCGUUGCUCCUCAUCCUUCUGAGUUGCCACUUCCUUCGUUAUCCUUAACUCCUAAAAAAGGUGUAUCAUCGGAAAACGUUACAACCGAUGAAACUUCGAUGAAUAAGUUAGAAAAUACUGUUAAUAAUUCAACGGAAGAAGCAAGUGUCAAAAGUAAUGGAAACGAUAGCAGUAACGUGGAAGAUGAUAACGAUAAGGAAAAAUACAGUACUUCUAUAAAGCAGUUAUUUACGAGUAAACGUCGUUUAGCUGCUCAGUUUAAUCGACCUAUCGAGUCGUGAAUGAUAAAGUCAAAUACGAAAAAAGUGUACAAACGCACCAGGUACACUACAGAAGCGAAGAAACUGACAUCGAAAACGUCAUGUAGUGUGUUAAUGUGAUUAAUUUAAAAAAAAAAAUGAAAAAAAAGAGGAGGAAUUUAUAACAUCUCGGUAGGCUGUCACACUGCGGGACAAUACCUAUACACCAUUCCCCGAAUGAUGGUAGGUACCCCUCAUUUAUAUUUAAAAUAUACGGUAGUAAUAUCGAUUUGAUACAUACAGAAUAAAAAGAACAGAAUUUAUUUUCAAGAAGUAUGAAAAUAUACAUAUAUAUAAAUAUCUAUAUACUAAGUGAUUAUGAUUUCUGGUUUGAAAAGUAUAAAUAAGUGUGCGGCGUUUAUACCGAGUGAUAUACACUGAUUGUAUUAUGUAUCAAAUUCAUGUAGCAUUUUUCAUACUGUGAUAUAGAAUAGAGAAAGUGCAAAUGAUAUGUAAUAAUACACGAAAAUAAAAUUAUAAAUGGGUAAUAAUUGUACACGUGUCGUAGGAUUGGGUCAGAGUCAUUCAGUAAGUCAUAUUUAUUUCAUUGUACUGAAAAUAUAACUUCAAAAAGAUUAUCCAUGAAACCAUAUGAUAUUUUGAAAAUAAAGUUUCGUUUAUUAUUCAUACUUAAUGUUACAUAACAAAAUACGUGUCAAUUGAAACUUUAUUGGCUCAACCCUAUUGUAAAUUACUAUCAGAGAAUUGUAUUCAGAAAAUGAAGAUCAUUAAAUUAUUUAUCUCAACAAUCACGUUAUUAACAGUUGCAGAAUUGAAUGUAAUUCAUUCUUUUUAUUGUGUAUUCAUUUACUAUGUAUUUUUGUUUGUACAAUUAUUUUUCCCAUUCGCGUUAGAGAUUUUCAUUCAUUACUGUCUGUUCGUUUUUACGGCAUACAUGAUUUUUUAAUUAUAUUGUGAAUGAUUGUGUAUGAUAUUUUGAAGUGUUAUCCUAUUUUGUUGUAUACAUGAAAAUACUUUUAACUAAGGAAAUGUUUAUUGAACUUAAAUAUAAUAGUCACUAUUAAUUAGCUCAAAAUCGCAAAAAUGGAAGAACCGUAUGAUGUUAUAAAAUGAAAUUUUUUAUUGAGAUUAAUUCGCUGAAAAGGAUUGUUAAAACGUGACAAAUAAUUAAAUGUUUUAUCGAGUGUCAGACAGCCAGAAGAAUGCAAAAAAACAAUUGUAUCAAUCAGAUUGUAGCAUCUAAUGUUACUUUUAGUAAUGAUACUAUUUUAUUAGAAUGUUUUCUGUUUUCAGUAUCAGCUGAGAAAAAUUAGAAAAAAAGCUAUUAUUCAUAAUGGCAUUGAUUAUUUAGAAAAGAAAAUAUGCGAUUAGUAGAUGUAAUGCAUGAUGCAAGUGAAUCUUUUUGAAUAAUGUGUAAAUGAUCUCAUGUUUUACUUUAUUUUUAAAAAAGCGUUUUAUCGGAAAUAAUAUAUGCGUAGAAUUUCGAAAACGCGAGGGAGCCUGGAUCAAAAAUAUUAGAUAUGAAUCGCUAGAUUUGUGCACAAUAGUUGCCACAGAAAAAUGAAUACUCUAGGUUCGGUACAUUGCUUGAUACAUAGCCAAAAAUAUAAAAGUAUAAUGAUGAAUUGAUCUGUUUGUAUUAAAUUUACGUGAUUCAUUAAACGACAAUCAUAUAUUAGUAUUUUAGGGUUUUAGGCUUCCUAAAUUCAAUUUUGUAUUAAUUUAUUUAACUGGAAUGAAGUAACUAUGUUUACAUGUUACUAUAUUUAUUACAUAGGAAUGAAUUCUAUUGUAUUUUAUAUUUAUAUGAAAGAAAUGAUCAUUUUUUUAA